AAGACGGUGUGACGUCAAAAACACGCGACACAUCAAACUCACAUGAAGAGAAAGUGCAUUAUUGAUUCUCCCUGUCAGAUUGCGCAUUCAUGUUGAUAUUUCAAAUACAGUUUAGAAACAUAUUUUCAUGUUAGCAACGUGUAGAACAGUGUGCUAAAUUUAUUUAAUUUUUUUCUAACGACAUGGCGACAGAUGCAAAGAGACCAAAGCGGGAGGAUGGAAGCUCAGACUGCAGUGUGGACGAGUCUCUGAGCAACUUCUUACUGUGGUGUGAUGAAGUGAAUCUGAACCUCAGCAACAAGGUGUACCUCAGUAAAGAAGGCACAGCAGCAGAUUAUGGCAUGCUUGCUAAAGAAGACAUAGAGGAAGGCCACAUCCUUUUCUCCAUCCCCAGAGAUGCUGUUUUACAUCCGGGCACUUCCAAAACUAAGAAGGUCCUUGAAGAAGGAAGGAGCUGUUUGGAGAGCCCGUCUGGCUGGGUUCCACUCCUCCUGACGCUGAUGUACGAGUACAGCUCAGUCGAGUCGCAUUGGAAGCCCUAUCUGAGUCUCUGGCCUGAUUUCAGGAAGCUGGACCACCCCAUGUUCUGGUCCAAGGAGGAGAGGGAGAAGCUAUUGAAGGGAACAGGCGUCCCUGAGGCAGUGGACACGGACCUGUCCAACAUCCAGCAGGAGUAUAACAACACGGUUUUGCCCUUCAUGCGCUCCCACCCGGAGCUGUGGGACCCCGAGCACCACACUCUGGAGCUCUAUCAGAGUCUCGUAGCUUUCGUCAUGGCCUACAGCUUCCAGGAGCCAAAUGAGGGUGAGGAUGAAGAUGAGGAUGAAGAUCCCAACCCCCCAAUGAUGGUGCCAAUGGCAGACAUGCUCAACCACGUGUCCAAUCACAACGCUAAUUUAGAGUACACACCAGAGUGCUUGAAGAUGGUGGCAGUGCGGCCCAUCGGGAAAGGUGAGGAGAUCUUCAACACGUACGGCCAGAUGGCCAACUGGCAGCUGCUACACAUGUACGGCUUCACGGAGCCUUUUCCCACCAACACCAACGACACGGCUGACGUCCACAUGACCGCGGUGUAUAAAGCAGCUGUGCAAGCAACACAAAAUGAGGACGAGCAGUGCCUCCUGCUGGACAAGUGGAGAAUGCUGUGUGACAUGGAUGUAGUCGGGGAGAAGGGCGUGUUUGUUUUUGGGAAGAAUGGUUCCCUGACUGACACCGAGCUCUACAUGACUCUGAAGGUGAUCUGCAUGAGUAAAGAGGAGUUCCAAGAAUUCCAGGAGAAUGAAGGCUGGGAGGAAGACGAGGGCGAUGAGGAGGAUUCCAGAGCUGCCCAGGCUCUGAGUUUUGAGGGAAUAGUGACACUGGCUCCAGAGUGGAAGCGAUUGCUGCACACCGCUGCCGGCUUCACGCUCAGCCUGUACACGGAGGACGUAGAGUCAGAUCUCACCGUGAUGGAGGAACCAAAAGCUCUGGCUAAACUCAGCCACAGGGAGAGGAGAGCACUGCACGUCCGGCUCGGCCAAAAGAGCAUCAUAAAGAAGCUUCAGCGGCUCACUCAGACCAGUACAGCAUAGUAUAAACAUACACUAAAGUCACCCAACCAAGAGAGAAAAUCCUUCUGCAAGGUUUUCCUCAGGGUAUAAAGGAAAAUUUUAAUCUAAACAGAAUGUCAUUAUUUUAAGGAAGCUACUGUGCAAACUGUACAUCUGAAUCAAUUCAGUGUCUCAAACCGAGAGCUUAACACAAUACAAUUGCCAUCUUGAAGCAAAACCGGGUUGUUUUUUUUAAUAAAAGCCCAAGUUUUAUAUUUUA